AGCCGGCCUUUUGGAUAUAAUCUCAUGUUUUUCUACGUGCUACACUAUGUGUAAACAGCAUUGCUAGAGUUUUUUGUGUUGCACAGCGUUUUUUGCGUGUGUUUAGUUGUAAAACUUGCGUAAUUUGCGUAAUAUAAGGUGGAAAAGGUGAGGUAAUCAUGCAACCGAUAGUGUGUUGGUGGCGCUAUGUUAGGCGCGCAUCCUUCGCUUCAACAUCUGCCCCAUUCCCAGCAACCGCACACCUUUCGCACAAGCGUAGCUUUCUCGCUAACUCAACGUCAACACGUUGUCAUUCUUCGUUUUUUGCGGCAACGGGCGUGCAGCGUUUUUGCGGUGCUCAUCUUUCCAGUGUUUCCAGCAACAUCAACAUUCUGCGUCCGGUUUCGGUCUCGCGUUUCAAGCAUUCGGUUCGUGAAUUUGCCAACAACACACCAACGAUGACGGCCAGCAAAUAUCAGAUUGCGGAACGUGGCGCUCCCAACUCCACGGACUACCGGGUGUACUUCAAGAACGAAAACGGACAGUCCAUUUCACCUUUGCAUGACAUUCCGCUGUACGCGAACGAUGAGCACACCGUGUACAAUAUGGUGGUGGAGGUCCCGCGCUGGACAAAUGCGAAGAUGGAAAUCAGCUUGGGCGAGGGCUUGAAUCCGAUCAAGCAGGAUGUGAAAAAGGGCAAACUGCGCUUCGUCGCCAAUUGCUUUCCGCAUCAUGGCUACAUCUGGAACUAUGGUGCCUUCCCGCAAACAUGGGAAAACCCGGACCAUCUGGAUGCGGAUACUGGCUGCAAGGGUGACAAUGAUCCGAUCGAUGUGCUGGAAAUUGGAUCACGUAUUGCCAAGCGCGGUGAGGUGAUGCAGGUGAAAAUUCUCGGCACCAUUGCGCUUAUCGACGAAGGCGAAACCGACUGGAAGAUUAUCACCAUUAACGUGAACGAUCCGGUUGCCGACCAGCUGAACGACAUCGCUGAUGUUGAGACUGUAUUUCCGGGUUUGCUGCGUGCCUCGGUCGAAUGGUUCAAGAUCUACAAGAUCCCGGACGGCAAACCGGAAAAUCAGUUCGCUUUCAAUGGCGAAGCGAAGGAUGCGGCAUUCGCGACGAAAACGGUCGCUGACACGCACCGGUUUUGGCAGCAGUUGGUUAAUAAGGAGGUGGACAAUAAUGGAAUUUCUUGCCUGAACACUACAGUCGAUGGAUCACCCUAUCUGGUAGCUAAUGAUGCCGCGGAUGAAGUGUUUGUCAAGAGCGCCACCGGUGGUAAUCCCGAACCUGCUAGUGAAGCGCUUGGCAAAUGGCACUACAUAUCGCUUAACUAAGGAACUGAAACCGCGAAUGUAUCAGCAAUUGAUCGUUGAACAAAAAGACACAUUCAACUGCAUACACACCGAUACUGUGGUAAACUUGAUACGCAAACAAUGUGUGGACUUUUGAUAAUUUGGUCAAAAUCAUCACCCCACGCACGCAUCGUGUUUAGGUGAAAUAUUUAUUUUAAUCGAAAAUUGCACAUUGUUUAACUUGUAUUUGGUCGCUUAAACCACGGAAAACUUGGUGUGUAACUACUGCUAGUGAGAAAAAGUGUUAAUGGCAUUUAAUAAAAAGUGUAAUUAACCGAAGGAAUAAAUUCAAUCCACGUCCGUUAAUUAUAGCUCGUUUAA